UGUUUUCUUCCGCGUAAACGGGUGUUUAGUUGGUAAACAUUUUUAAAAUGCUUUAAUCGAAUAUGCGUAAUUUUUAAAAACGUUUUUUUUUUGUUUAUGGUGUUAGAGUUAUGAAAUCCGUGAUGAUGCAUCCGAACAGACGAAGAAAGAAGCGUCCUAAUUACGGUUUGAGGACUGUUGAGGUGGUCAGGGGUGCAAAUGGGUUUGGGUUUACCAUAUCGGGACAGCAACCGUGCAUAUUGUCGUGUAUCGUAAACAAUUCUCCAGCAGAUCAAUCAGGACUAAGAGCUGGGGACUUUCUAAUUUCGGUAAAUGGUAUUUCUGUGUCGAAAAUGGCUCAUGAUGCUGUCGUUAACCUAAUUGGCAAUUGCCCUGAUCCCAUUAAGAUGACCAUCGCUGAAAACUACUACUCUGAUAGCAGCGAUGAAGAACUAGAAUGUGGUCGAGUGGCGGGCAGUAGAAAGCCGAAAUAUAUGCAUAAACCACGCCCAAAUCGUAGGAUAUACAAAGGUGUCACAAUUGAACCGAAUGACAAAAACAUAGACAAGUUACAUAAUAUUAUAAAGCCAAGAUUGAAUAAUAAUGUUUUCAAUGAAGAUAAGAACAAUCAGGUUCAAAAAUGUGAAGCACUUCCCAAUGCAGUUGUUAUAGAGGAUGAGGCUGGACCUGUCGAAUUUAAAGUUCUUAUUGGUUACCUAGGUACCAUUGAGAUGCCAAAACAGUUAUUGCCUAAUUCGCGAUUUCAGACUGUUUGCAGUUGUAUCAGAAAACUAAGGCAAGAGAAGAGAUCACCAACUGCAGUAUUAAUGACAGUUUUACCCACUUGUUUGACUCUUAAAAAUUCUGGAAAUAACAUUAUAGCUAUUUAUCCCACUAACAGAGUUGUUUAUGUUAGUUCGACUACAGAUAAAGAUUGCAGAUAUUUUGGAUUAGUAACCAGUGCUGUUUGUGAUAAUAGAAAUCAUAAUACAUCAGAUUUAGAUAUAUCAAAUAGUUGUCAUGUAUUUGUAAUAGAUCCCAAAAUUGCAGAUCAUAGGGUACAUCAAGGCAAGGCUGAAAAUUUUAAGAUUCACUGUACUGCUGACCCUGUAUCAAGAUCAUGUUUAGAAUUUCCUCAGAAUGCUUUAUAUAUAGUGAAUUUAAUUCAAACCAUGUAUAAGUUGCAGGGUGAUUCAUGCAGAAAUGAUUUAAAUAUUCCAGUCAUGGCGAAUUCUCCACAGCCCAGCGCCUCAAGUAAUUCUGAUUCAGGGAUAGGUUAUAGGGAUGAUUGUGGCAAUAUUAGUGAUAGAAUUUUAGUUGUGGAAUUUCCAACUCAUAGACCUAUUCCUGUUGUGAAUAACAACAAUCGUCCCCAAGGCAUAGAUGGAGCAGAUCUGUCUUUAAAUGCAUUAGACAGUCAUCAAAAUAAUGGUGCAAUUGCAUUUGAGUUGAAUAACAAGUGUAGGCCAAACAAUCUUGCUUUACCUGCAGCUAAUAAUGCAGAAUUUAAAUCAGUAAAUAAUUUAAAUAAUAUCAGAGCUUAUGACAACAUUAAGAAUCAAUUUGAAAACCCUACUGCACUGUUACAGAAACAAAACAAUAAUGUUUUUAAGGAGAAUAAUCGCCUGACAUGCAGAGCUUUAAUACCUACAAUAUCAUGUGCUGGAAAAUAUGGUGAUGUUGAUAAUGGCCAGGUUUACUCAGAAUACCCUGUAGAUGUUUUUGAAGAUGUAACAAACUCUCACUGCUUUGAGAGUAAUGAAUUUAAAAGAUCUGCAGACAAUGUUUCUGUGCAAAGCUCAAAAAGUGGAGAUUUUGGUAACCUUGUCAAUAUAUUUCGAAUACCGUUUGAGUCUCGAAAGUCAAGGAAACAGGCAAAAAUUGGAAAUAGUUGCGAGAAUUUGGACAACUGCCAAAAAAGUUACCACAAGUUGAGUCCCAAGGUUUAUGGGGUACCUAAAGCCAAUCACAGCUGCGAGGAAUUAAAUAAUGUAGAAUUAUACGAGGACAAAUUUUGUUAUGGCAGCUUACAAGAUUUGACCAGCUGGUCGGGACAUAAUCGGCCUCAGAAAAAUAUUGCUCAAAGCGAACCAGAUGUUAGGAUAGACCGAAAUGUAGAAAAUGAUUGUGACCAACAUGGCGCUGGUGGUAUUGAUGGUAAUGGGACUACAGAAGGACCAGCAACCUGGUCUACUUCUUUCGAAAAGUUGUUGGAAGACGUAGUUGGCCUCCAUGCUUUUGCUGAGUUUUUAAAGAAGGAAUUCAGUGCCGAGAACAUCUACUUCUGGACGGCUUGCGAGCGCUACCGCCGUCUAAAAUCGCACCAGGAAAGAAUAGCAGAGGCCGAGCGCAUUUUCCGGCAGCACCUAGGCACAGGAGCUCCCGAAGCUGUCAACGUGGACGCCCAAGGCCGCCAAACUGCCGAACAAGGGCUCGUUGAGGGUAGGCCGGACUUGUUUGACAUCGCCCAGAAGCAGAUUUUCAAUUUGAUGAAAUUUGACAGCUACCCGAGGUUCUUGAAGUGUCAGCUUUAUAAACAGUGUCUGGCUGGACAAGGCUACACACCUAAAUUCGACAUAAGACUGUCCAUCCAAAAUCCAGUUUAUGCCAUCUCUAACACACCUUCAAAACUCAAAAAAUCUCUGAGCAACGCCGAAGAUAGGCGUGGAAAAUCGCUCUUACCAUGGAACCGAAAAAACUCCAACCAAAGAUCGAAAUCUCGGGACAGAAAUAAUGAGCUGGCAUCAGUGCAGAAGAGUUGGGAUGGAGUUUUAUCUGUGCCAUCUAACGAGGACAGUAAGAGGUUUUUAAGCGCCGAAAUCCAUUCGAGUCAUUCGUCGCUUACUUCGUUGGAUUUGGCAUCCAAUCAGGACCUUUUCAAGGCUGAUUCAUCCAGUGAUUCACGGACAUUGCUGUGCAGAGUACUUUUGAGCAAUGGCAGUACUACAGUGGUUCAGAUCAAGGAGAACGAAACUAUUUCGCAACUAGUCAGCAGAUUAUUGGAAAAAAGAGGCCUUAGUUAUUCUUCUUUUGAGGUUUUGACCAAUAAGCAUCCAAAGCCUUUGGAUAUUGCAGAAAAUUCAACUCAGCUAGCAGGUUGUGAAGUCACGGUGGAACAAAGGGUCGUGUUUAAGUUAGAUUUGCCUAACAAGAAAAUAAUAUCUGUCAAAUCGAAAUACACGAAGAAUAUAGUCGACGUGUUGAGACCGAUUUUGCACAAGUACAAAUUCAGCUUGGAAGAUGUCACUGUCAGUAAAGCUGGCUAUCCUGUUGAUAUCAAUUUGUCAGUUACUACGAUAGACAACGCCAGAUUGAACAUUCAAUUGAAAGAUGGUUGUGAGGGGAGCGCUAAUCAGUCCGUGAAAACUAACAACAUGAAAAUCAGCAAGUUAGACGAGAUUACCAAUAAAGUAUUCGAAGGCAUCCUGCAAGAAAAAUCUGAUGAGGGUGUCUUUAAACCGCCGAGAUCAGAUAGGGGUUCAGUAAAAAGCGAAGAUUGGGGCUCUGAACAUUCCUCUGGGCUCUUUGGGAAGUUUUUAAGAAGAGAUUCUGCUGUUCACGAAAAGAAAAAGAAGCCUGUAGCCUCCAGUAGGGUGAAAACGACAGAAAUCGAAGACACGAGUGGAGAGGGUUGUCAAAAGAAGCCUUUAAUAGCUAAAUUGAAAGCUGGUGCUAACAAGUUGCAUGUAGGAGCUAGUAGUGAAAGUGACGAAUUAGUGGAGGGUCUUACUAGAGCCCAAAGACGUCUAGAGGACCAACGAGGUACUGAAAUCAACUUUGAACUACCUGAUUUUCUAAAAGACAAAGAAGAUGACCGAACUAACUCCUCAAAUCCAGGUCCUCAAGACCCUCAAACAAAAGCAAACCAUGCCAGGAAUCCAAAACAAAAUGACCAGAGCCAUAAUUAUGAAAACCAAAACGUAAAAAUUCCAGCAAAAACCAGUCCAGUGAAAAGGCAAAGUCCAGUGAAAAGUGCAAAGGUCGAAGGAGAUAGUGGAGCCCCUAAAUCCGACCCGCCACCACUACCGCCUAAACCCAAAAUAGUACCUAUUAAGCCUCCGAAUUGGGGCCAAAGUGGCUUUUAUAAAGCCAAAGAUGUACCUUUAGGGAAACAUUCAGAAAUGUUUCUCGAACAACCUUCAAGCAGCUUUGUGUAAAUGAGUUUUUGUGAUAAGUUUAUUGUGUGCAAAUAUUUAUUUAUAUGGGUUUUGUAUUUUUGACUAACAGAGUAUUAUGAAAAUGUAUUAAUAAUAAAAGUUUUACUUCUA